AUGAGGAUUCACACGGGGGAGAGAAGCCAUACUCGUGUCCCCAGUGCGGGAAAUGUUUUAACCGCAAAUCGGCUCUUAGCCAACACCAAACUAUCCACACGGGGGACAAGUCCUAUUCCUGUUCCGUGUGCGGAAAAUGUUUUUCGCAGAAACCGCAUCUUCUAA